AUCGAUCCAGGACAUCAUUAGUGAAAGGUUCGACCAGGGGAACAGGUGAAGUUUUCCAAAUCACAUGUAAAUUUAAUGUGUACAAGCAAACAAGUAAACAAGAUUUAAUGGCACCAUUCACAUUUCAGUUUCAUUAAGUUCAGCUCACUGUUGUUUUUCCACAACAAAAUAAUGCAAACGAGACAUUAGAACAUUCUACCACACUGUAUGGUCACAUGACUGCAGAAUUCAGUGCUACAAAGGACUGGAAUGAUGGCCUGAUCAUUUUUUGCUGCCAUCACGUGUGUGUUGUCCAUUGUGAUGACACUUGGUCAUUUUUACCUCAGUAAAAUGAACCUACGAUGUGUCAAUCCAAAUGGUAUAUUGAUUAUCGAUUUAUCUUAUUUUGAAACGAUUUGAUAAUGGGUUGGUUAGAUUCAAUUAACAACAUGCCUCAGACAGUUUUUAGAAAGUGCUGGAGGCUGCAUAUUAUUGACUUUAUGAAAGAAGCCUAUAGACCACUGAACAUUUAAACAGGGGCUGUAUUUGACCCACGGCCGGACUUUGGACAUGCCCUUUCUCAUGUCUGGUUGGAGUUUUAAGUUCUUUUAAACUCUAAACAGACCCCCUUUUCCCUCCCUUCCUCUCUCUCUCUCUGUCAUGCUCCGCUUUCGGUCCAUAUACUCCGCGUGGUUCCGCUCUCUCACUCGACUCGCGGUUACCGGGCGCACGGUUGCCAAGAGAGACGCGUGUGCAGCCACAUCGGUGGAAAAAACGGCACGGGAUCUCCCCCCGCCAUUUCCUCGUGUAAUAGCCCUGGAAUGUCGUGUAGUGGAUCGGGCUCUUCCUCGCGGAAGGAGUUCGAUGUGAAGCAGAUCCUUAGGAUCCGAUGGAGGUGGUUCGGUCACCCCGCGGUUCCUCCGCCUCUUUCCCCGCCGGUGGGAGAUUACCUCGCCAGGAGGAGGACGGGCGGCAGCUCCGGGGAAGGACCGUCCGUUAGCGGCUGUAGCAACUCCAAUUCAGCCAGUCUGAACCACAGCUCGGGGAGCCACAGCGGACUGGUGGCCAGCGGCAGCGCGGGCUCGAACCUGUGCAACGGCAGCAACAGAAAGUUUGCCGAAUCGGCGGGGAGUCGAAGCGGUCCGGGGGGAGCGACGUUCGGAGCCACGGGGAACUCCUGCACGCGCUCCUUCAGCCACCCAGAGUGCAGAGGCUCGUGGGUGUCCCCUCCGCUCCCCCGUCGCCCUCGCCAGGUGACAAACAUGGAGCCCCCUGUCGAGGCCCCGAUGCCCCACUUAGUAGCCGAGCCGUCGGCUCAUGGCGUGGUUGAGCCGGAGCCUGAGGAGGCUGCCUUGGCGGCGGCUGUGGGCGCGGAGGAGAACAACAACCACCCGGAAACAGACACGAGUUCGUGCAGGACGUCCAACAGCAGUGCCACACUGUCUUCAUGUGUGUCGAUGGAGCCAGAGGACUGCAUGUUCACCGCUUUGUCUCAUGCUGACGUGACGUUCCGCAAGAUGGAGGGCUAUUUGAGGUCAAGACAGCUGUGCGACGUCAUCCUUGUGGCUGGAGAGAGGAGGAUACCUGCCCACAGGCUCGUUCUGUCAUCUGUGUCAGAUUACUUUGCAGCCAUGUUUACCAGUGAUGUGAGGGAAGCCAAGCAGGAUGAGGUGAAGAUGGAAGGAGUAGACCCUGAUGCAUUGUGGGUCCUGGUUCAGUAUGCAUACACAGGCCGGCUCGAGUUAAAAGAGGACACCAUCGAGUCUCUGUUGUCAGCCUCCUGUUUGUUGCAGUUGUCUUCGGUUGUCCAAGCCUGCUGUUCUUUCCUUGUGAAACAGCUCCACCCGUCUAACUGCCUCGGCAUUCGCUCCUACGCCGAUGCUCAAGGCUGCAACGACCUGCAGAGAGCUGCUCACGCCUACACCAUGGAGCACUUUUUAGAUGUUAUCGGAGGCCAGGAGUUUCUUCUCCUCCCUGUGGAGGAAAUGGAAAGACUGCUCAAAUCUGAUGACAUCAACGUGCCAGACGAGGAAACGGUGGUAACUUCUUUGUUAACCUGGGUCUCUCAUGACGCUCCCACCCGCCAUCUCCACCUUCCCUUGCUGCUGGCUCACGUCAGAAUACCGCUGCUGCAACCACAGUUCUUGGCAGACCUGGAGUCUAAUCCGCUCCUCCGUGACAGUGUGGAGUGUCAGCGACUCCUGAUGGAGGGGAUGAAGUAUCAUCUUUUGCCCCAGCGGCAGCCCUUGCUGCAGAGUCCCCGCACGCGGCCACGCAAAGCCACCGUGGGGGCCAUGUUUGCCGUCGGGGGGAUGGACGCCUCAAAAGGUGCCACAAACAUUGAACAGUACUGUCUGCGCCGGGACACGUGGAGGCAGGUCGCAACCAUGAGCGGGCGACGACUGCAGUUUGGUGUCGCUGUGCUUGACGGCCGUCUUUAUGUGGUCGGAGGCAGAGAUGGACUCAAGACUCUGAACACCGUGGAGUGUUAUAGUCCUCAGAGCAAAACCUGGAGCGUCAUGCCGCCCAUGUCCACACACAGGCACGGUUUGGGUGUGGCUGUUUUAGAGGGGCCCAUGUAUGCAGUGGGGGGACAUGAUGGUUGGAGCUACCUCAGUACAGUUGAAAGGUGGGACCCCCAAGCUCGUCAGUGGAGCUUUGUAGCAAGCAUGGCGACGCCUCGCAGCACAGUUGGAGUUGCUGUUCUCAAUGGAAAGCUGUAUGCUGUGGGAGGUCGUGACGGCUCUUCGUGUCUGCGUUCAGUCGAGUGCUUUGACCCUCACAUAAACAGAUGGAACAGCUGUGCUCCCAUGGCUAAAAGGCGUGGAGGUGUGGGUGUGGCCACGUGGCAUGGUUUCCUGUACGCCAUCGGAGGUCACGAUGCUCCAGCUUCGUCUUUGGCCUCUCGGCUAAGCGACUGUGUGGAAAGAUAUGACCCGCAGACAGACAUGUGGACCGCUGUAGCCCCUAUGAGCCUCAGCCGAGAUGCUGUUGGCGUUUGUCUCCUCGGCGACCGCCUCUAUGCUGUAGGCGGGUAUGAUGGACAGGUGUAUCUCAAUACUGUGGAAGCCUACGACCCUCAAACCAACGAGUGGUCACAGGUAGCGCCUCUGUGUCUGGGCAGGGCAGGUGCUUGUGUGGUGACCGUCAGACUGUAAAAAAAAAAA